UCAACUACUAGAGGUUUUUCUAAUGAAACUCUUAUUCCUCAAAUUUUGGGGCCAUGGAUAAUGAAUGGAAUGGUGAUUGUGAAGUUUCUCCUUUGUAAACAUGAUGUUAUGUGCUCCAUGAAUUAACAU